GGGCCAUGCGCAGCGCCAGGGGGCCCGCGGCGGCGCCCCUCGCCCUCCUCCUCGUCGUCCUCCUCGCGCGCCUGAGCGGCGGCCGGACCCGAGAAGUUGUCUUCCUGGACUUUGCUGGGGCUCAGGGGGACCUGGGCUGGCUCAACCAUCCCUACGGCAAAGGGUGGGACCUUCUCCAGAAUGUGAUGAACGAUACGCUCAUCUACAUCUAUUCAGUCUGCAACGUGAUGGAGGGGGACCAGGACAACUGGCUGCGGACCAACUGGAUAGUCCGCAGCGAGGCAGAGCGCAUCUUCAUCGAGCUCCGCUUCACCGUCCGGGAUUGUAACAGCUUCCCCAGUGGAAUGGGCACCUGCAAGGAGACUUUCAACCUCUACUAUGCUGAGUCGGACGUGGACCACGGCACCAACUUCCAGAAGCGGCUCUUCCGCAAGAUUGACACCAUUGCCCCUGAUGAGAUCACCGUGCGCGAGGACUUUACCUCUCGCAACGUCAAGAUCAACACGGAGGUGCGCUCAGUAGGGCCCCUCACGCGCAAGGGCUUCUACGUGGCCUUCCAGGACAUUGGCGCUUGUGUGGCCCUCCUCUCUGUGCGGAUCUAUUACAAGAAGUGCCCCAGUGUCCUCCGCAACAUGGCGAGCUUCCCUGAGACCACUGCCGGUGCCGACUCGCAGGGGUUGGCCAAGGUGUGGGGCACAUGCGUGCGGGACGCUGUGGCUGACGAGAACCCUGCCAUGCACUGCAAUUCAGACGGGGAGUGGCUGGUGCCCAUUGGGGCAUGCCUUUGUCGCAAGGGCCACGAGAAGGAUGGAGACAGCUGCAGAGCCUGCCCCCCUGGGUUCUUCAAACCAGACGUCUCCAACAGCGCCUGCUCCAAGUGCCCCCAGCACACACGGCCGUCUUCUGCUGGCUCCACCUCAUGCCCCUGUCAGGAGGGCUAUUUCCGGGCUGUGGGCGACCCAGUCUCUUUGCCGUGCACACGGCCCCCUUCAGCUCCCCAAGGUGCCACAGCAAUCGGUUUGGGCGCCAAGGUGCAGCUGCUUUGGUCCCCACCGCAGGACACUGGAGGCCGCGAGGACAUCACAUACAGCGUGACGUGCGCACAAUGCUGGCCAGAAUCGGGGGAAUGCCAGCCCUGCGAUGCCUCGGUCCGGUAUUCGGAGCCAGUCCAUGCCAUGACAGGCACCUCUCUCACCAUCAGUGACCUGGAGCCACAUGUGAACUACUCCUUCACAGUGGAGGCCAGGAAUGGCGUGUCAUCGUUCAGCACGCAGCGAAGUUUUGUGGUCACCAGCAUCAGCAUCAACCAGACGGAACCUCCCCGCGUGACCUCUGUGACCAUGGAUAGCCGCACGGCCACCAGCCUGACCCUUUCCUGGACUGUUCCUCCCCGGCAGCAGAGCCACGUCUGGAAGUACGAGGUCACUUACAGUAAGAAGAAGGACGAAAACAGCUAUUCAGUCGUGCGCUGUGAAGACAACUCGGUGACCCUGAUGAAGCUCAUCCCCAACACCAAGUACCUGGUGCGGGUUCAGGCUCUGACGCGGGAGGGCCAUGGGGCCUACAGCACGGAGCAUGAGUUCGAGACCCUUGCAGAGCGCUCUGAGGGUGCAAAUACGGCCGCGGUUCUCGGGGGCUCCAUCACUGGCAUUGCCCUCAUGGUCUUUGUGGUGCUGGCCGUUGUCCUAUUAAUUCGCCGGAGGAAAAAGAACUCGCGGGCGCGACAGACAUCGGGGGACGUUUACUUCUCCAGGUCUGACCAGCUGAAGCCACUGAAGACAUACGUGGACCCCCACACCUAUGAAGACCCCAACCAGGCCGUACUGAAGUUCACCACUGAGAUUCCUUCCUCAUGCAUCUCCCGGCAGAAAGUCAUCGGGGCAGGUGAAUUUGGGGAAGUCUACAAGGGGAUGCUGAAACAUGGCAAGAAGGACCUCCCAGUGGCCAUCAAGACCCUGAAAUCGGGCUACACGGAGAAGCAGCGCAUUGACUUCCUGAGCGAAGCGAGCAUCAUGGGGCAGUUCAGCCACCACAACAUCAUCCGCUUGGAGGGCGUGGUCUCCAAAUCCAAGCCUUUCAUGAUCGUCACGGAAUACAUGGAGAAUGGCGCCCUGGAUAAAUUCCUGCGGGAGAAAGAUGGCGAGUUCUGCGUCAUGCAGCUGGUGGGCAUGUUGCGUGGCAUUGCCUCUGGCAUGAAGUACUUGGCCAGCAUGAACUAUGUCCACCGGGACUUGGCUGCUCGCAACAUCCUUGUCAACAGCCAGCUCGUCUGCAAGGUUUCUGACUUCGGUCUCUCCCGGGUCCUGGAAGACGAUGCCGAUGCCACCUACACCACCAGUGGUGGGAAAAUCCCAAUCCGCUGGACAGCUCCCGAGGCCAUCUCGCACCGCAAGUUCACCUCUGCUAGCGACGUCUGGAGUUACGGCAUCGUGAUGUGGGAGGUGAUGUCCUACGGGGAACGGCCAUACUGGGAACUCUCCAAUCACGAGGUCAUGAAGGCCAUCAAUGAAGGCUUCCGGCUUCCAGCACCCAUGGAUUGCCCAUCCGCCAUCUACCAGCUGAUGAUGCAAUGUUGGCAACAGGAGCGGAGCCGCCGGCCCAAGUUCAGUGACAUUGUCAGCCUCCUAGACAAACUUCUCCACUCCCCCGAAUCACUGAAGACCGUGGCAGACUUUGACCCUCGGGUCUCCAUUCGCCUGCCCAGCACCAGUGGCUCGGAGGGGAUCCCUUUCCGAACGGUGCCCGAGUGGCUGGAAUCCAUCAAAAUGCACCAGUACACAGAGCACUUUGUGGCUGCUGGCUACAACACCGUGGAGAAGGUGGUCCAGAUGAGCAACGAGGACAUCAAGAGAAUCGGGGUGCGUCUCCCGGGGCACCAGAAGCGCAUUGCCUACAGCCUCCUCGGCCUGAAGGAGCAGGUCAGCACCGUUGGCAUUCCAAUCUGAGGCGGCAGCCCAGGGGGGCCUCCUGCCUGCUCCUGUCGGUGGCUGUGUCUCCUGAGCGAUGGUCCGCCUGCCACCACGUGUUUCCUGGGACAUACUUGAAGUGGAGAGACCCCGCGUGCCUUCUCACCCGUGAUGCUGCCUGCUUGGUGCCAAAGGGGGUCGAGCGAACACCUCUCUCCCCGCCUCUCCUCUUCCUCAGCAAAGUUUCGUAUUUAUUGUCCUUCCAAGUGCCCCGGACAUUGUGGAAUGAGGAGGUGCUGGGCCAGGGGGCAGGCGGGGGCUGGUGCUGCGCUCCCCGGCUAUGUGUUGCUGUGCAGAGCUGGCCAAAGCUGCCACUUCUCCCUCUUCCUGCCUGUGGCAGAUUCUCCAUUGCUGCCUGCUCCUGGUUACCCAAAGUGGCGCACAGCUGCUGACUCAUCAACCAGGUCCCCCCAAUCAAGCCGUACUCUGGGAACAUUUGGAAGCUCCAAACCAGCCCAUGAUGCAGCUCUUGUAGACCGGCUCUGGCCUCCUGCCACAGAAGGAAGAAAGGGGGGCUCCUAAAUGGGGUGGGGUCUGAUGGCUGAACCUGAAGCAGUCUGGUCCUUGCACUUAACCGGAGCCCUGGUUCCCAGAGGGCUGCUGGCAGCCUCAAGCCACAGGGCCACGGCAGCCUCCGCUGUGGCACCCCACUUGCCGCCUCCUCGGCUCACACCUGACUGCCAGGGAGGAAGCCACAGGGAAGUCUCCAUGGGGGGCAUUGCUGUGCCAAGCAGCCCUGUCACCCCUGCCACUCUGAAGGGCUUUUUGCCAAGGACGGCUGGGCAGGGGGCCCCUUCCGAGUCCUGCCUCCUGUUCUCCUGUUUAUUCCUUGCUUCCAGACGCUGCCUCUCUUCCCACCCCAACCCUUCAAUGCACUCUUGUUCACUUGACAGUUGUUCUUCAUUCAUUCUUUUUUUUAAAAAAAUGUAAUUUAUUUUUUUAUAUUUAUUGAUGUAAGGAAGCAGAUACCAUCAUCUUACUGUUAAUGGUAACUCAUGCACAGUUCUCAACAAACCACGCAGGGAAGUUUUCUUCUGGUGUGUCUGAGUACUGUUCUCUGGCUUUAAUACAGGUUUUUUAUUC